AUGAUAGCAUUACAGCAUCCACUACCACCGCCUUCGCCAAUACCGUUAGGGCCAACAUCGACAGUUUUACCAUCUCACGUCCCUGACAAUGCACCAGAACACUGUCCAGGAGUGGAAUCGACUCAAGCUGGAAAGGCGGAUGCUUGCGAAGGAUGUCCGAAUCAAUCUGUCUGUGCUGAAGGGCCAAAAGGGCCCGAUCCGGAUUUACCGUUGAUCCGGGAAAGAAUGAAAUCCGUCAAGAGAAAAAUACUGGUUCUGUCCGGAAAAGGUGGAGUUGGAAAGAGUACCUUCACAGCUGGAUUGACAUGGGCAUUAGCAGCGGAUGAGGAAUGUCAGACCGGUAUAAUGGACAUCGAUAUCUGUGGUCCAUCGAUACCAUUACUCAUGGGCCUUUCAUCUUCCACCGUACAUACAUCUUCUUCCGGCUGGUCUCCAGCUUAUGCUCUGGACAAUCUCGCUGUCAUGUCGAUAGGCUUCUUACUCCCAUCCAAUUCAGAUGCUGUAAUAUGGAGAGGGCCAAAGAAGAAUGGUCUGAUAAAACAAUUUCUCAAAGAUGUUGAAUGGGGAGAUUUAGAUUAUAUGAUUGUGGACACGCCACCUGGAACGUCAGAUGAGCACUUGUCAAUCGUUCAGUAUCUCAAAGAAACAGGAAUCGAUGGAGCUGUAUUGGUGACUACACCUCAAGAAGUAGCUCUACAGGAUGUUAGAAAAGAAAUCGAUUUCUGUCGCAAGGUUGGAAUUCCAAUUCUAGGUUUGGUGGAGAACAUGUCUGGUUUCGUCUGCCCAAAAUGUAAAAACGAAAAUGAGAUAUUCGCUCCCACGACAGGAGGAGCGCAAGCUAUGGGAAAAGAACUAGGCAUAGAGCUUCUAGGUAAAGUACCCCUUGAUCCUAGGAUAGGAAUGACUUGCGAUCAAGGCAUGAGUUUCUUGGACGAGUUUCCUGACAGUCCAGCUACAACAGCUUAUUUGGAUAUCGUGCAGAGAAUAAGGGAGAUCUUGGGAGACGAGUAG